AUGUGUCAUGAAAGGAUUAUUGCACUGAUAGAUAUGGACUGUUUUUACUGUCAAGUUGAACAGAGAGAGAAACCUGAACUGUGGAAUAAACCGGUAGCGGUAGUUCAGUACAACCAGUACCAAGGAGGGGGAAUAAUAGCUAUGUCUUAUGAAGCGAGAGCUUGUGGUGUCAUACGCAGAGGGAUGCGUGGAGAGGAAGCGAAGGAACUGUGUCCGGAGAUAACCAUUUGCCGAGUUCCUUUAAGUAAAUAUGCUGAAAAAGCUGAACUAAGCAAAUACAGAGACGCGUCGGCAGAGGUUUUUGAAGUGCUGUGUAAUUUUGACCCCAGAAUACUGGUCGAACGAGCGUCAAUAGAUGAGGGCUAUCUUGACUUGACUGGCGUUGUAGAUACUAAAGAGAAGGAAGGCGGUUUUGCAGAAAAGUUUUCCUCAUCAUGUUCCUCGCUUCCUACUACUCACAUUGCUAAUGGACUUGAUAAGAGUGACAAUUAUGAUAGAGAAGCAAAUUUAAAAGAUUGGCUAUUAAAUGAAUGCCAAAAAGACCGGCUGCAGGUACUUCCUAAACUUCUUAAUGUUGCCCAAGUUGAAGAAAUUCGUAGUAAGAUCGCGGAGAAAACUCAGUUUCACUGUUCUGCUGGUAUUGGACCUAACAAAAUAAUUGCAAAGUUGGUAUGUUCGCGUCACAAGCCUAAACAACAGACAGUUAUUGCACCUAGUUUCAUACCUAGUCUUUUUGAGACAACAAAAAUAAGCGAUGUCAGAGGACUUGGAGGAAAAUUAGGACACCAGUUAUUUAUGUCAGAACUCGCAAAAGUUGAUAGAAAUGAUUUAUUAGAACACUUCCCUCGGGUAAGUAUCGAUGAAGAUCCGGUUAAACCUCGUGAUAAGCAGCUUUCAAUCGCUGUAAGCAGAAACUUUACUGGAAAAGCAGCUUUAAAUACUGUAAAUGACGUUAAAGUUUGGCUGCGUAAUCUUGUCAAUGACCUUUGCGCUCGCAUGGUCGCCGAUCAAAGUAAAAAUAAAAGAACAGCCCAGUCGCUGAGCUGUGGUUGCACUCAGGAAGAGCAGUCAACUAAAACUACGGCACUAAGGUCUUAUGACAAUGAAUGCGUAUUUACGAGUGCAUGGGGCUUAUUAAAAGAGUUUAACAAAUCUUCCGGCAAUGUUUGGUAUGAAAUGGGAAAGUUUGUUCUACCUCAUGACUUAUUUUUUGUUAGGUCUCCACCGGUACGAAACAUUCAUGUGUCAGCUCACCACUUCAAACCCGGGAUUGAAAAACCAAGUAAAAGUAUUACAAGCUGGUUAAAACCUGUCAAAGAUGUAACGAAAGAGAUGACCGAAAAGAAUGAGUCCAGGGAACUAAAAGAUAACAUUACUAACGAUGGUGACUUCAUAAGUUCUGACGAGUCGAUCAUCUUCGAAGACGGGGUCAUUCUUCUUUAA